UCGCAUUGCACCCAAAGAACGUCAUUCUUUGAACCAGGAUGGCAUUGGUAUUUUACUACGGAGGACCAACGGCGACUACAUCUCGAGAGCUCCGUGAAUGCUCAUACCUCCAACUUCGAUUCUUUUUGUCGUCACAAAAGCAGGUAUUUUGACACUAUGAGUUUAAGGGUGACCAGAGCAUGGAAAAUUCGGGCUGUCUGCCGCCAAAUCAUUCCCUUGCACCGGGUUAAACGCUACCAAUCUCAUACAUAUAUGUAAGGUUUGUAUGUAAUGCCACGAACAAGCUAAUCCUAUCCUAUUUUAGAGUACCAGGGUCUGGUAAAAUUUACAAUCGGCUGCCCGCGCCCGCUCGAGAACUAUAUGAGGACCCUCGUGUCCGCUGGUUUCCCGCCCUGGGUAAAAUUUUCAAUUCCUGGACAAGUGUGAUAAAUUUGGCAGCCGCCUUCGAGCCGACGACGCCGUAGUUUAUGUGAUCGCUAUGAAAGGGUUGACUAUAUCUUCCGUCCUUUGCUGGACGACACUAUUUGUGCCAUUUGUUGCUAGUGCUGCGCUCCCAGGGCAGGCCUCAGAGAUUCAUGGCCGCCAGGUGCCAAACCAGCCAAAGGGAGUGAAAGAGAUUUGGUCUCCCGAUGGUUUUCGAAUCAGGUACAAAGAGCCUGGCAAGGAAGGAGUCUGCGAGACGACUCCAGGAGUCAACUCGUACUCAGGAUAUGUCGAUCUUGGGUUCGAUUCGCAUACAUUCUUUUGGUUCUUUGAAGCGAGACAUGAUCCUGCAAAUAAACCCGUUACACUCUGGCUCAAUGGCGGCCCAGGAAGUGAUUCGCUCAUCGGCCUCUUUCAAGAACUUGGGCCCUGCAAUAUCACGGAAGACCUCAAGUCUAAGGUCAAUCCUUACUCUUGGACAGAAGUGUCGAAUCUUCUCUUCCUCAGUCAACCCGUGGGUGUUGGGUUCUCUUAUGAGAAAAAACAAGUCGGCUCGAUGAACAACUUUACAGAAUCAAUUGAACCACCAGAAGUAAAUGGUAUCACAGGCCGAUGGCCCAAAAUUACCCCUUCUAAGAUUGAAACUACCAAGCAAGCUGCAAAGGCCACAUGGAACGUGGUGCAAGCUUUCUAUAAAGCCCUGCCUCGACUUGAUGGGAAAAUUACGUCCAAGAGCUUCAAUCUCUGGACGGAGAGCUAUGGAGGGCAUUAUGGUCCAACCUUUUUUAGGUAUUUCGAGGAACAGAACAAACUAAUUGACCAGGGUAGGGCUCAUGGAGUCAAGCUUGAUUUUAACACCUUGGGAAUCAUAAAUGGACUUAUUGACAUUGCAAUCCAGGCACCGCAAUAUAUUGAAUACGCCCAAAAGAAUACCUAUGGAAUUCAUCCUCUCAAUGAAACCGUCAUCAAUUACAUGAAAAUGGCAAAUUCUAUGCCGAACGGUUGCCAGGACCAGGUAGCAGUAUGCAGAUUACUGAAUCGAACAUCCCUCGUUCCCUACUCAUAUUGCAGCGGGGCACAGAGCAUGUGUCGCGAUAAUGUUGAGGGGAUGUGGUACUCGUUCACUGAUCGAGGAGUCUAUGACAUCCGUCACCCGCGAGAAGACCCAACUCCGCCGGAUUACUUCGUAGAUUAUCUCAAUCAAGCGAAGGUGCAAAACGCCCUUGGCGUGGACUUUAACUAUACGAGAACAUCGAAUCCUGAAAUUUUCGCUGCAUUCGGCCGAACUGGCGACUGGGGAUACCCCGAUUUCAUUGAAGAUUUGGAAGCCAUCCUUGAGAUGCCUGUGCGCGUUACCUUGAUGUACGGUGAUGCAGAUUACAUAUGCAAUUGGUUUGGCGGAGAGGCCGUUUCUCUUGCUGUGAACUAUACCCAUGCGGAAAAAUUCCGAGCAGCCGGGUAUGCCCCCUUGCUCGUUGAUGGCGUUGAAUACGGGCAAAUUAGAGAGUACGGAAACUUUUCGUUCUCAAGGAUUUACGAAGCCGGCCAUGAAGUACCCUACUAUCAACCCCUUGCGUCCCUCCAAUAUUUCAACCGCACCUUGAACGGGUGGGACAUUGCCACCGGCCAGGUCAAGGUCGAUGGAAAUUACGGCACUUCAGGUCCACGGAGGUCUACACAUACAGAACCAUAUGUUCCCUUACCCUCCGAAACAGGAAGCUAAGAUCUUAAAGCCGAGACAUGGGAGAAACCCAUCCUUGUGUAUAGAUCAUGGAAUGUUUAACUCUCUACCUAAUAAAAUCAAGCAGAU